GGUGGUACGACACUUUACAACCACCAUCACCAUGAAGGUCCUCAUCUUGUGCACACUGGUGGCCGCGGCUGCCGCCUGGCCAAGCUUCAGCUACCAGAACGACGCCUCAGGUGACAGUACAGCCAAAAGACAACAGGAUGUCAACCAUCUGCUGGAUAGAAUUUACGACCAUCUUCAUUAUUCCGACCUGAAGCAAAUCUCCGACACCUUCAGCCCUGAGGCUGACACUUCCAUGUAUACAGAUGGUGGCGCAGCCGCCCAUCAUCUUAUGGAAGAGCUCAAUGAUCACAGAUUGUUGGAGCAGCAUCAUUGGUUCUCUCUUUUUAACCCACGCCAGCGUGAAGAAGCUCUCAUGCUUUUUGAUGUUCUGAUGCACUGCAAGUCUUGGGAGUGCUUUGUUGACAAUGCCGCCUUCUUCCGUGAACGUAUGAAUGAAGGAGAAUUCGCUUACGCACUCUAUACAGCAGUCAUCCACUCUGAGUUGGGACAAGGUAUUGUAUUACCUCCACUCUAUGAAAUCACUCCCCACAUGUUCACCAACAGCGAAAUCAUCCACAAGGCUUACACUGCUAAGAUGACCCAGACACCAGGCAAAUUUGAGAUGAAAUUCACAGGAACAAAAAAGAACAAGGAACAACGAGUAGCCUACUUCGGUGAGGACAUUGGCCUCAAUAUUCACCACGUUACUUGGCAUAUGGACUUCCCCUUCUGGUGGAAGGACUCCUAUGGUUACCAUCUUGAUCGCAAGGGCGAACUAUUCUUCUGGGCCCAUCAUCAACUCACUGUACGCUUUGACGCUGAGCGCCUCUCUAACUGGCUAGACCCAGUUGACGAGCUGCACUGGGAGAGUAUUAUUCAUGAAGGUUUUGCACCACAUACCAGCUACAAGUAUGGUGGUGAGUUCCCUGCACGACCUGACAACGUUCACUUUGAGGAUGUGGACGGUGUAGCUCAUGUGCGUGACAUGAUUAUCAUCGAGAGUCGCAUUCGUGACGCCAUUGCUCACGGUUACGUGACCGAUAGGGAUGGCCACCACAUCAACAUCAGGAACGAUCACGGUAUUGACAUCCUCGGGGACAUCAUUGAAUCAUCCGUGUACAGCCCCAACGCCCAGUAUUAUGGUGCACUGCACAACACAGCUCACAUAAUGCUUGGCCGACAAGGUGAUCCCCAUGGCAAGUUCAACAUGCCUCCCGGUGUGAUGGAACACUUUGAGACUGCCACCCGCGACCCAAGUUUCUUCCGACUUCACAAAUACAUGGAUAACAUCUUCAAGGAACACAAAGACUCACUUCCUCCUUACACCAAAUCUGACAUUGAGUUUACUGAUGUGGCGGUUGAAAAAGUUGAAAUUAUUGGGCAGCUUAGGACAUUCUUCGAUGAAUUUGAGUUCAGUCUCGGCAAUGCUGUGGAUAAAUCUGAUAAUGUUCAAGAUGUGGCCAUUACCUCCUAUGUUCACCGUCUCAACCAUGAAGAAUUUACUUACAACAUUCAAGUAAAAAACAACAAUGAAAAUGGAGUGCUGGCCACUGUCCGCAUCUUCCUAUGUCCCUCGCAGGACAGUAACGGCAUCCAUAUUCAUUUGUCAGAAGGACACUGGUCCUGCAUUGAGAUGGACAAGUUCUACAAGCAACGUGAGUCCCCUUUAAUUUCUCAGACUUUACACACACACACACACACACACAC